AUGAAGGUUGUCAAGGUGAUUCGCACACUCAGGUUGUUGAAGCUGUUUCGGCUGCUGAAGUCGUCCCGCCUGCUGCACCGUCUGGAGAUACCUUUCGCUCUGCCGUACCAGCAGUUUGCCUUGGCGAGAUUUCUCUCAGUGCUUGUGAUCAUGUGUCAUUGGCUGGCCUGUGUUUGGGCGCUGACGCUGCAGCUCGUUGACCUUGACUAUCCCCAGUGGAUCGAUGAUGUGGAGGCCGUGGAUGCAUCUUUUGGCAUUCGAACGCGGGAAUCCACCUGGCGAAUAUAUGUUGCUUCCUAUUAUUUUUGCAGCUACACAAUGACAUCAGUUGGCUACGGUGAUUUUGGACCAAAGAACGUUCUGGAGCGCGUUUUCUGUACCUUCAUGGUGAUGGUCUCUGGCCUUUGCUGGGCAUACAUCCUCGGAGAGGUUUGUGCCAUCGUGGCUGACAUGAAUUCCGACAGCCAGCAGUUUAGGAAGAGGAUGCACCAACUCAACGCAAUGAUGCGCGACCAAGGAUUGCCACACGAGCUACGCAGUCGCUUGAGGAGCUUCUUCCUGCAAAAUAAACAUCAGCUCCAGUAUCAGACCCAGCUCCAGCUCCUGGAUCAUAUGAGUCCUCGACUACAGGCUGAAGUUUGCAGAGUGAUAACGCUGACCUGGAUUCGGAAGGUGCCCUUUUUCGUGCAAUUCCUGAAUCUCAUCCAGAAGAUGCAAGCCAAAGGCAUGCAGACCACUGUGUUUGAAGCCUGCGUCGCCGACAUCGCGCGGAAGCUCCAAAGUACGGCUUACGCCCAAGGAGACUCCUUCACCAACGUGCAGGUGCUCCACAUUCUCACCAAGGGGCUUGUCGCUCUGGGCAACAAGUUCGGAAAGACGGGCAGUGUUUGGGGGGAGGACUUCGUCCUUGCGGACCAGUCCUUGAUCCACGUGGUGAAUUGUGUGGCCAUGUCCUACUGCGAAGUGCUCUACCUGACGCGCGAUGGUUUGCUGGCUGUCGUUGAAGCCCGCAGGAAUACCUGUCCUGAGUUGGCCAGGAUCGUUCGUCGGUACUGCAUCCGCAUUGCGGUCUACCGCGGCAUACUUCGGGAAGCCCGGAAACGGGCGAGGAUGCCCUCAUAUCGGACAAGGCUUGCGCAUUUCAGAGAAGGGUCGAAGUUGCAGAUCGUGAGCUGCAUGAGCGGCGCAGGGUCCUUGCUUCACGCCUCAGGGGUUUUGGAGACAUUGUUGCAAUUGAUUUAA